AUGCAGGUAGAGCAAGAUGUCGCGUCGGCCGGGCUCGGAAAGUACAAUCAUGUUGACGAGUACAUGUUGCAAUCACAGUGGACUCUUUUAGAUGCACACGUGAUGAGGAAACGGUCCGGAGUUAUCAUGUGCUCAAGCGUGAUUGUAAGCUACACCUCCUACGUGAAGUUUGACAUGGGCAGAACGUCAUUGCUGCAGAAGAGUUGCCGAGAAGACACUUUGUCGCUCGAAUGUCAGGUGAAAGCACGGACGUCGAAGUCGGACGACGCACUACUAUGGUUGGACACGAAGCGCUUUGGAAGGCAGAUGUUUCGACGACAAUCGGGAGCGUUCACCGACGAAUCGACCGCAUGUUCGACUGCUGCAAUGGUUAAAGAUCCUUGGUUCACUAGCAUCUUUGACAAAGACUCUUCAUUCUUGUAG